UUUAAUUCCUCCCACAGUCUGAUUGCCCAUAGGUGUGUGUGUGUGUGUGUGUGUGCGUGUGGAUAUACAUGUCUGUGUGUCUGUCCUGCGAUGGACUGCCGACCUGUCCAGGAUGUAUCCUGCCUUCCGCCCAGUGACCACUGGGAUAGGCUCCAGCUCCCACCGCGACCCAGAAGGAUGAGCAGUUUAGAAAGUGUGUGUGUGUGUGUGUGUGUUUGUGUGUGUGUUCGUGUAUGUGUUUUACACGUCACAGUCAGAGCCUUUAUAAGGCGGCAACUUCGAAACCAUGAGAUUUCCCCUCAGCAGAACUGCUCUGUCGCUUCAGCUGGCCUCACUGGCAGCGGUUGGCCGAGGCAAACGGGAUAAAAUACUCAUUGACCAUCAUGACAAAGUCGUCGUCUCCACCGUGGCUGGGAGCUUUUCUUCUGCUGUGUCUGCUGCCUCCAGCUGCGCCUAGAGCGUGCCCAAGUCAGUGUGAAACUGGCUUCGUCUUAAGGGAUUGUAAGUGUGUGCCAUGCAACCAUGGCCAGUACUGGUACAUAAGAAGCGGAGAGGGCCGAUGCGAGAAGUGCAUCCCCAGCUGCUCUGAUAAGGAAAACAAAGUAGAAGUAAAAGCCUGCACUGUGACAACAAGGCGCGAGUGCCACUGCAAGCCAGGAUUCUUCUGCCCAAGUCCAACAGAAAUUAACUGCCGGAGGGAGUGUGAGCCCUGCGAAGCCGGCACCUUCUCCAGCACAGCAUCUCUAAAGGGAAAGUGUCAGCCUUACACUGAUUGUGCCAGUGAAGGGAUGGUGCUACUGAGAGAAGGUUCGUCCACUGAGGACCGAGUGUGUAUCCCCCCCCCGACUACCCCCAUCCCAACACCUACCAAUGAACCCAUGAACACACCUACAUCCAUAUCCACCCCAGCACCCACCAUCACCCCUACACCCACCUCUACACCCAUGACCACCUCUAAAUCUGUGACUGUCCCCUUUACUAUGAUCUUCGCACCUAAAACUGAUGCACCGUCCACCGUGACCCCUGCCGUAGCUACCACUAGCCAUCAGUCCACCAACGGAUUGAAGCAGCAGACUUUGAAGAGCACGCAUCAACUUCGAACCACGGGUUACAUGAAGCAUUUUCACUCUGAGAUCACCAUCACUUCAAGCACAAGUACAGACAAUAAAUCGAAUGCUGAUGAAAGAGAGGGCCCUCUUCCGCCAUCUCUGAACUGGCUGUUUUAUUCUGCUGCUGAUCGUCUUCCUCUUGCUGGUGCUGACUUGUCUCUCCACGAGGUGCAAAGGCAAUACCUUAAAGAACAAACUGUGUUGGCCAGGUCUCACAAUCGGGAAAUAUCAGCUGCAGCAUUUGCAGAAGCCACAGCCAGCAGUGUCUUCCUCAGCCAGCAGCUGCCAUAAUGUGGAGAUGCAGAUACCUUUGGGCAGCGACGUCAUGAACAGUGCUAGAAGUCAGGGCAUGGGGCCGGGCCUCUGCCCUGGGGGCAGUCAGCAGGUCACCAUGGAUUACAACGGCAAAGGGGAGAGCAUCAACAAUACAGUGGGUGAGGAAAGCUUUUGUAACAAUACAAGAACCGUUUUUGGUGCUAUA